CCCAUAUUGAGUUAAGAGCUCUGUUUCCCGCGUCUGUCCUUAUUUAAGGCUCUGCACCUUGCGAACUGCUCCCACCCAUCUCCUCCACAAGACUCUCUUUCUCUGCCUCUCUCUCUCUCUCUCUGUACCUUCGUUCCGAUCACCAUCAUCCCUGAAAUCUGCUUCUUGCGGGUGCAGUGGCAAUGGCAAUGGCGAGACUGGCGCGCCAGAUCUGCGCCGUCCUGGCUCUCCUCGGCGCGUCCCUGGCGAUGGCCGACGACCCUUAUAGAUUCUACACGUGGACAGUCACUUACGGCACCAUCUCCCCGCUCGGCGUUCCCCAGCAGGUUAUCCUGAUAAACGGUCAAUUUCCUGGGCCAAGGCUCGAUGUGGUCACCAAUGACAACUUGGUGCUCAACCUGAUCAACAAGCUGGACGAGCCUUUUCUUCUUACUUGGAACGGGAUCAAACAGAGGAAGAACUCAUGGCAAGACGGUGUCCUGGGCACAAAUUGUCCCAUCCCUCCAAACUCUAACUACACAUAUAUCUUUCAGCCCAAGGACCAGAUUGGUUCCUACACAUAUUUCCCCUCGACCGCCCUUCACAAGGCUGCUGGCGGAUACGGAGCACUUAAUGUCUAUCAGAGAGCUCCGAUUCCUAUUCCUUAUCCACCUCCUGAUGGAGAUUUCACGUUGCUCAUUGGUGAUUGGUUCAAGACCAGUCAUAAGACAUUACGCCAGACCUUGGACUCUGGAAAAUCUCUUCCUUUCCCUGAUGGUGUCAUUAUAAAUGGCCAGCCUCAGGCGACUUUUGCUGGUGAUCAAGGUAAAACGUACAAGUUCAGAAUCUCAAAUGUCGGGCUGUCAACCUCGUUGAACUUCAGGAUCCAGAGCCACACACUAAAACUGAUCGAAGUUGAAGGAUCUCAUACAGUUCAGAACAUAUACGACUCCCUUGAUGUUCAUGUUGGCCAAUCGGUAACUGUCUUGGUGACACUAAAUCAGCCACCGAAGGACUACUAUGUCGUUGCAUCAACUCGGUUCACGAAGACUGUCCUCACCGCGACAGCCAUUCUCCACUACUCAAACUCACACAGUUCAGUUUCCGGGCCUCUGCCAGCUGGCCCGACAAUUGAAGUUGACUGGUCCAUGAAACAAGCUAGAACCUACAGAUGGAAUUUGACAGCAAAUGCUGCUAGACCAAACCCCCAAGGCUCUUUCCACUAUGGAAAGAUCACACCAUCAAGAACGAUCGUGUUGGCCAAUUCGGCCCCUCUCAUCAAUGGAAAACAACGUUAUGCUGUCAAUGGGGUCUCCUUCAUCAAUGCUGAUACUCCUCUUAAACUUGCCGACUAUUUCAACAUUCCUGGAGUAUUCCGCACAGAUUCUUUGCAAACUAGUCCAUCCGGCGGUUCUCCAUCCAUCGCCACCUCUGUGAUUCCGGCCUCCCUGCAUGACUUUAUCGAGAUUGUCUUCCAAAACAACGAGAACACCGUUCAAUCCUGGCACCUCGAUGGCUAUGAUUUCUGGGUUGUUGGGUAUGGUAAUGGGCAGUGGACACCAGCCAGCAGGAGCAGCUAUAAUCUUGUCGACACACUCACAAGACACACAGCUCAGGUGUAUCCAAAUUCAUGGACCAGCAUAUACAUGUCAUUGGACAACCAAGGCAUGUGGAAUGUGCGAUCGGCAAUAUGGGAACAGCAGUAUCUCGGGCAGCAGUUCUAUCUCAGGGUCUGGAAUCCAGUCCAGAGCCUCGCCAAUGAGUACAACAUUCCCUCCAAUGCUCUGCUCUGUGGCCAAGCUGUGGGACGACACCAUUAGAAAGACGAAUUUUAAACUGUUUCUAUAAUUUAUUCAUUCAAUUAGUCAUGAAGGUAUGACUGCAGAGAAUUGAAAAGAAGUAAAGAAGCUGUUCCCCAUUAGUUUCCUAGUUCUGAGCCAGUUACAUGUACGGGAUUCAUAAGAAAGCUAUUUAUUAAUAUUCAUUUCAGUCCAAAAUCCAAAUCAUAUGGUUCUGGGCGUCCUAAAGCUCAGCUUUUAAAUCUAACAGAAGGAUUCAAAUGCCGUUAAUCGGACAGUUUGGUUUGGGCCA